UCUCCCUCCUCCGGGACAUAAACAAACCUCGCCUGGCUCUCCGCUUGGUCUCCGGAGUGCGCGCACGCCCAUCCUCGCUGUUCCUCUCCGUUCUCGCCUGGCACCGCCAGCCUCGCUCCAGCGCCUGUUGCCUCUCCCUCUCCCUUGGGCAGGUGACAGCAGGGACAUGUCUCGGGAGCUGCAGGACGUGGACCUGGCCGAGGUGAAGCCUUUGGUGGAGAAAGGGGAGACCAUCACCGGCCUCCUGCAGGAGUUUGAUGUUCAGGAGCAGGACAUCGAGACUCUGCAUGGCUCCAUCCACGUCACGCUGUGCGGGACCCCCAAGGGAAGCCGGCCCGUCAUCCUCACGUACCACGACAUUGGCAUGAACCGAAAGUGGGACAGGGGAACAAAAGAUGGGCGUCCGUGCUACAAAACCUGCUACAACCCCCUCUUCAACUCCGAGGACAUGCAGGAGAUCACCCAGCACUUCGCCGUCUGCCACGUGGACGCCCCUGGCCAGCAGGACAGCGCGGCGUCCUUCCCCGUGGGGUACAUGUACCCGUCCAUGGACCAGCUGGCCGAGAUGCUGCCGGGAGUCCUCCACCAGUUUGGGGUGAAGAGCGUCAUUGGCAUGGGGACCGGGGCUGGCGCCUACAUCCUCACUCGAUUCGCUCUGAACAACCCCGAGAUGGUGGAGGGCCUGGUGCUCAUCAACGUGAACCCCUGUGCCGAGGGCUGGAUGGACUGGGCGGCCUCCAAGAUCUCCGGAUGGACCCAGGCCCUUCCGGACAUGGUGGUGUCCCACCUCUUCGGGAAGGAGGAAAUGCAGAACAACGUGGAGGUGGUGCACACCUACCGCCAGCACAUCCUUAACGACAUGAACCCGGGCAACCUGCACCUGUUCAUCAACGCCUACAACAGCCGGCGGGACCUGGAGAUCGAGCGGCCGAUGCCGGGAGUGCACACAGUCACCCUGCAGUGUCCUGUGUUGCUGGUGGUUGGGGACAGUUCUCCCGCCGUGGAUGCUGUGGUGGAGUGCAACUCAAAGCUGGACCCAACCAAGACCACCCUCCUCAAGAUGGCGGACUGUGGCGGCCUCCCGCAGAUCUCCCAGCCAGCCAAGCUCGCGGAGGCCUUCAAGUACUUCGUGCAGGGCAUGGGAUACAUGCCCUCUGCCAGCAUGACCCGCCUGAUGCGGUCCCGCACGGCCUCGGGCUCCAGUGUCACGUCCCUGGAGGGGUCCCGCAGCCGCUCCCACACCAGCGAGGGCACCCGCAGCCGCUCCCACACCAGCGAGGGCACCCGGAGCCGUUCCCACACCAGCGAGGGCGCCCGCCUGGACAUCACCCCCAACUCCGGCUCCACUGGGAACAACGCCGGGCCCAAGUCCAUGGAGGUGUCCUGCUAGGUGGCCUGCGAGCACCGCCGCCCCCUGGACUGUGGGACCAUAGUAGCUGCCCCCUCCUCCCGCCCUCCCCAGCCCCCGCCCGCCAUACCGCACGCAACUCGGUAUUAACCCCAAGCUAGUUUUGUACGAGGGAGCUCUGGCCAUGACUUUAGAUGGGAUUUGUCCAGGGCGCCCCCUCCAGGGCCAGGCGGGGUGGACCAAAGCAUCUCAGUGUCCCCUGUGCAUUGAAGAGUGGCCUGGUGGCCGCUGGCUUCCCCUCCCUCCGAGAUGCCAAACCGCCCCAAACAAGAAACACAGCAGGAAAUAGGUCCUAAUCCAGGCCUAGGCCGACCGGGGCAUCUGGGCUCUCAGGGGCCUUUGGGGGAAGUCAGCCCACCUGCUUCUGUUUCCUCUCCUGCUAAAGACAAACCCACCCAGUUUCUGGAAACAAUACCCUCCUCUGGUUUGGGGAGGAGGGAGCAGCGAGCCCAGGGGGGUGGGCUGGUGUAGGCAAAACAGGCCGAGGGAAAAGAGGCGGAGCUUACUGGGAGGCUCAGAGAGUUUGGAAAAGCAAAUCUACAUAGCUCACCUGAAAUCGAUUUUUAAAGUUCGCGCAUGCACACACUUUGCAAUGCCGACGUGCGCACGCAGACCUGCUUUCCUGACAUUUGUUUUUCAUGAACACAAAGGCGGGGACAGAUCCUCCUGGCUUUGCUGCAACAACAACAAAACCCGUCGGCAAGUGCUUGGCAUCAUGGGUUUAAAGCUUUGGCUCUGCUCUCUCCUCCUCCCCCUCAGCCCCUGCUUCCCACCCCCAAGACAGGAGCGAAUGGUUAUUUCCUUCGCGGGGAAGAGCCUCUAAAUAUGGGGGUGCUUUCCUGGAGAUGGGACAUUCCCAACAGCUGUGCCCGCUGCCAGGAAUGUCCAUGCUGCGGGGCAGGGCGGGGGCGGGGUUUGGGCACCAGAUGUAAAUAACAGACUCCUGUGGUUGGGAUGGAAUCCAGGGUAGUUGUGAUUUCUGUGGAUCUCCUCCUGGUUUCGAGCGAGACCUUCUGUGAUUGAGUUCAAUCAUGGUUGAAUCUGAGCUUGACGGCCCAACCUUUCUGACCCGGUUACAUUCCCGGAUCUUCAGAUAGACCUGUUGGCUUUUGUACGGGAUGGGGACUCCGGGGGGUGGGGGAGCAGGUGUAAGGGUUCUGGAAUGUGUAUCCCCUGGGAUCUCCUUCCCUCUCCUGCCUCCCGCUCCUCCCUGCACCCCUAACCUCCCCUCUCUGAAUGGGGCGGCACCACUGACAUGUUUGGGUCACGUUCCCAUACUACUGCCUUUCGAUUUUCAUCCCGGCUAACCAUGCAUCUGCUAGGGAGUUUGGUCAGAGGGAAUGGGACGUUGUGAAUCGGCCGCUGGGACCCUGGAGUUGGUGGAAGGGAGUAAUCAGGCCUUGCAGGCAGCAUGAGGGGUCAUGAACGAG